AUGGCUUACACACUGGAGGAGGGACAACGAGUUUAUCAGACCUGCAGAGCGAUUUUCAGCGGCGAUGCUGCUCUUUUUCGCAAACCGAAGAAGGUUAGAGAAACCCUCAUCAGUAACAAGGAUUCCCUGAAGGCUAUUUUCGAGGAACUUGGCGAAACCAGACUCGUGGAAAUCGCGCGGCAUUUGCUGGAACACCGCAUCUUCGCGUCCGAAUUGAGAGCAAAAGUGGCGUUCCCUGACGUAUUCCGCACAUCUACCCAGCGCGAGGCUGAACGAGAAGCGUCAGAAGCCGACGCCGCAAGAUCGGUCGCAGAGUAUCUGGAGGAUAUUUCCAGCCCUGAAGGAAAACUUGAGGAGGCUCUCGCUAUCACAAGCGAAGAUGCAGACUUAGAGCCCAGCCAAAGUUCGACCAUAAUCCAACAGAGUACUGGAGUGUUGACCGUCACUUCAUGCUCACCUCAAUUAUCUGUACCAUCGCUGUAUCCGAUAUAUGUCCCAUACAACACCCAGCACUUGAUUCUUACCACCGCUCAAAGGGUGUUGGAAGAUUGCUGUUUUGACUUCGCGGCUAGGUGGUUCCCACAAGUUCUUCAGGAGCAUGGCUGGAAGUGCGCUUCUGCCGUGGAAUUAAACAAAUGGGCCAGUGUUCUCAAGAAGAAGUUGCCCAAACUCCCUUCCCACGCGCUUGCUUCAUUGACCGACUCCUCUGCAAUCGAGAUAAUGAUUUCGACCCACCAGUUGAGACACACCGCCGUACACAGACUCCCAACCACCGUCCGCGGAAUCAGUCAGUUACUGCAAUCGGCCGUUCGGCUAGCUGAGGUUCUCCAAGACGUUACCCGUGCCGCUCAGUUGGAGGAUUUGGUAUCAGAGGUUGACAGCAAGAUCAAGGCCAUGGAACUCAGUAAGAACUCAUUGGAGAAUCGAGCUAUCGCUCAUCUGGAGGAAAUCCGUCGCAAAAGGGAGCAACUUGACCAGGAAGAGAAGAAGUUGGUGGAAGAUAUGCUGAAGGAGGACGACGAAAAUAAGGCUCUAAUAGGACGUCUUCUUGAAGCGUCCACCAUAGACAUUUUUGAAAGGCCAAGCAGUCCGGAAGAGGAAUGGCUCGAGUGUGCCGACGUGGAUGAUGGAGCAAAUGGAGUCAAGCUAAACGGGCAUGGUGCUUCGUAG